AUGACCUCACAACCACUGCCAUCUCUGGCUGAGGCCAAAAUCACAAAGCUGCCAGCAUCUGCUUUCUACAUCCCAAACUUCAUAUCCGAGGAAGAAGAGGCCAGCAUCCUGCAAAAGAUCGCAGAAGCACCGAAACCGCGGUGGAAGCAGCUUACCCACCGUCGUCUGCAAACCUGGCCGUCCGAUCUUGUACACGACAAGCUCAUUGAUGCCCCUCUGCCUCGUUGGCUCGAGACGCCCAUCAUCACUCGACUAUGUGACCUACAUCGCUCCACCGAUGAUCUUUCCGACAGCUUGUUUUCGGACAGCCCCCACAAACGACCGAACCACGUUCUGAUCAACGAAUACCCCCCUGGAGUCGGUAUCAUGCCGCACAAGGCAAGUCUAGGGUAUGUUGUUGCAAACAUGCAGGAGUACUCAUGA